GCGAACGUCCGCGCCACGGCCGUUUGAAUAUUCGCGCCGCGACCGUUUGAAUUUCGCGCCAACAGCGCGCUCGUGGUUUUCCGCUGUGCUUCGUACUCGGUCGGCGCCGCCGCGCCGCCGCGCAGCCUCGCCGCCCGCGCCCCGCGCACAAGCCAGUAGCGUACGAUCUCGCGCCGCUUACGCGUCGUUAGCGAACAUAUCUAUGUCCCACGCCUAUUCUUCCCAAAAACUAUUGUAACUACAAAUGUCUGUAUCUAAUUAUUGUGUAAAGUUUGUGAUUAAUGGUAAAUAAAGACCUUACAACCAUUACAGUGGCUGCCCAACUCGUGGCUUCGAAUUCACGAGAACUUUGUCGCGAAUGCCGCGAUAGAUGCCUACCUAUUUCAAAUCGUGAAAAGUUAAGUUACGUGAAGAACUGUUGCCAUGGAACUAAGAAACGCGAAAGUUAUAUCUCGCGAAGAUAUUAUGAGUGACGACGCGAGUGAGCCCGAAUACUACGACCAGGCGGAGCAGAGCGCUGCAAGCGCCCCCGCCCCCGUCCCCGCCGGGGCGCAUGGGCGCGUCGGCGGCGCUUCGACGAGCGCGACCACCGAGACCGUCUUAGCCGGUUUCAUGGAGUCCUUCGUGAGAAUGCAGGCGGAGACCAACAGAACCCUAGUCGAAACCCUGAGGGCUUUCAACGGCUCCGGGAAACCACCGACUUCGACGCCAACGCCCGACUCCCGUCCGCCCAGCGUCUACCCGUCCGCGGUCACAGGCAACUUCGCCAAGUGCACUGCACGUUUCGACGGGAAGUCGCGCGACGCGGAGGUACUGGAGGCGUUCAUCGAUGCGGUGCAGGUGUACAAGGAGUGCGCGGGCGUCAGCGAUGAGCACGCGCUGCGCGGCCUGCCGAUUCUGCUGGAGGGCGACGCGGCCGUGUGGUGGCGCGGCGCGCGCGCUAACGUGCACGCCUGGCCGGACGCCGUGGCGCGCUUGCGUGCCAUGUACGGGAUGCAGCUGCCGCCAUACAAAGUCCUACGAGAGAUCGUCGACACGAACCAGAAAGACUCUGAACGUGCAGAAGUGUUUAUGUGCAAAGUGCGAUCAUUGUUUACAAAAUUACCGUACGCGGUGCCUAUGCGUAUACAACUAGAUAUAAUUUACGGCCUUCUACAUCGACGAGUUAGAAAACGUUUACCUAGAGACGAUGUCGACAAUAUCGAUCUUAUGUUAGAAAAGGUGAGGGCCAUAGAAGAUUCUAUUGUCGAAUUAAAUCUUAGAACGUACGCCGCGAACCCGAUCGUUUCUACGUCGAAAUCGACAAGUCAAAACUUGUCGAGAUCGCAAGACGCGCCGCGCGACCGAGCUCGCGAACCCGAGUCGAGCGAGCGCGAACGCAGCGUUACCACGAGUUCGAACGGUACUAGUGUCGCGAAACUCACUCCAAACUCGAACGAGAAUUUGAAACGUGAUAAACGCGUUCGAUGUUCGUUUUGCAAAUUUUAUGGUCACGUUUUAACAGAUUGUCGCAAUUUCCAAAAUAAAAAUAAUAAACCACAACCAACUAGUGCGCUUUCUAGUAGUGGGCCUAAUAAUUUGCGUUGUUACGGAUGUGGCCAACCCGGUGUUGUAAAGUCUAAAUGUGAAAAUUGUAGCGGAAAACAGUUACCCGCGACGCGAUGCGAUUUUAAUAUGGUGAACGGCGAGAACGACUUACGCGAAGCUCACGCGGCGACGCCGUCACACGCUAUGGUAUCGGUCACUAUCGCGAAUAGGGUAGGUGCCGCAAUACUCGACACGGGGGCUACGUGCUGCGUUGCCGGUUCCUUGUUAUACUCUAUCUUAACAUCGGUUGGGGUACAAUUUCACGAGGCGGAGCGAACCAUAGGACUCGCGAUUGGUUCCCGCCAAACGAAAACAGUCCUCACGGCGACAGUACCCGUAAUUUUAGAGGGAAGGCAAAUCGAUACUGAGUUCAUAGUAUUUCCAGGUGAGAGUACUCGAACGUUGUUAGGUCGCGAUUUUAUUACUAAGGCUGGGGUUACAUUAGACUUGUCACAGGAGUCAUGGUUCUUUGCUGAUAACCCUGAGCAGAUUUUUCCUCUCGUGCAAUCUUUUAGUCUAAAUAGCACAGAACUGAUGCAGGCAGAUAUCUCCGACGUCGCCUUGCGCGACGCCGAGGGAACGAACUUACCACCAGAGCACAGGAACGCGCUCAACGCAUUUCUGCGUAGCAGAGCGAACCAGUUUGCUGCGGAUGGACCUCCCACGGAUUUUGCCUGUCAUAAAAUUAAGGUAAGAGAGAAUCAGGAACCCCUUGCCUCCCCACCAUACAGGUUGUCGCCGUCCAAGAAAGAAGCCUUAGAAAAGGAGCUGCAAAAGCUACUCAGCGCCGACGUUAUCGAGGAGUGCGAGUCACCAUGGGCCUCCAACGUCGUCCUGGUGAAGAAGAAGGAUGGGAGCUACAGGCUUUGCGUGGACUACCGCAAGCUCAACGCGGUCACGGAGCCUGACCGAUACCCACUUCCCAGGAUCGAAGAUGUGCUCCAUGCGGCGAAAACCUCCAAGUACAUGUCUACACUGGACCUGCGUUCCGGAUAUUUUCAGGUGAGCGUUGACCCUGAUCAUAGGGACUUUACCUCGUUCACGACACCGCUGGGCACCUUCAGGUUCAAGCGCAUGCCCAUGGGCCUCCGGAAUUCAGGAGCAACCUUCCAGAGAUUGAUCGACCGGUUCAAAUCCAACUUACCAGGUAUAACCUUGCUCGCAUAUCUGGACGAUCUGUUGGUGCUGUCUGAAGACUCGUUCGAAAGGCACCUCGCAGACCUGGAAACCGUGUUCGACCGCCUUGCUAUGUUUAACCUGCGGGUGAACCGAGAGAAGAGCCACUUCGCCCGAGAUGCCGUGAAGUUUCUAGGUCAUGUCAUCGUACCAGGUGGUAUUCACAUGGACCCAGAAAAGACGUCUGCUAUAACUGGCAUGCCGCCCCCUCAGAACGUGAGGCAGCUGAAGUGUUUCCUGCAAACCUCGAGCUGGUUCAGGCGCUUCAUACCGGGUUAUGCCGAGGUGAGUAGGCCUUUGACUUCUCUGCUGAAGAAAGGGAACACCUGGGAGUGGGGCCCCGAACAGCAGAACGCUUUCGAGACCAUCAAGUCCCUCCUAACAUCGGCUCCUAUUCUCCGUCAGGCUGACGGGACGAAACCAUUCGUCCUUAGAACCGACAGCAGCGGCUACGCGCUUGGAGCGGCUCUACUCCAGGGGGAGGGGACCGAUGAGCGACCCGUCGAGUACGCCAGUCGCCUCCUCACAGCCGCUGAAAAGAAUUAUAAUACGACGGAGAGAGAGGCACUGGCUGUAGUAUGGGCGGUGUCGAAAUUUAGGGGGUAUAUUGACGGCGCCGAUGUGACAGUUAAGUCCGAUCACCAGCCGCUUAGGUGGCUCAUGAGUUUGAAGUCACCAAGCGGCCGCCUGGCCCGGUGGGCGCUCAGUCUUCAGGAAUAUAACCUGAAGAUCGAGUACACUCCUGGUAAGGCAAACGUGAUCGCAGACACGCUGUCACGUCCUGUAUGCGCGACGGAGGAUAUUGAGGGGACUGAGUGCGACUUGCGCCUCGCCGUGGUUGACAUACCCUUUAUCUGCCCAGGACCUCCCCCUAAAGGGGUCGUCGGAUUCCAACGCCUCGACGAUCUUGCGAAUCUCCGGGUCCUUCAUCUGGCCGUCUCUGACGUCCCUAGGGCUGCGCGAGGGUAGGUCCUGGGCAGAUAAAGGGUAUGUAGUAGUCGACGGCGUGUUGUACCGUUAUGGUCCCGACAACGAAGAAGAUGAUGACGCCAGCUUGGUGGUACCGGAACAUGAGCGCAAGGACGUGCUAGCCGAGUACCACGACGCUCCCACAGCCGGCCAUUUCGGGGUGGAGCGAACUUUGCAUCGUCUCGCAGGUAAGUAUUACUGGCCCGGGAUGCGGGCUUACGUUACUCAGUACGUCAAAAACUGUGCAGCGUGUCAACGAUACAAAGUGGACACGCGAAAACCCGCUGGCCUGCUGCAAGUUCCAGCUAUGUCACGCCGCUUCGAAGUGUUCGCCGUAGACCUGUUCGGGCCAUUACCGGA